CUUUUAAGGAGCAGGGAAGCUAACUAAAAAGAAGAUAUUUGUUUAUAUUUAUUGCAGGUUAGGUUAAUGUUCGCCUCACAAAAUUGAAUAUUUUUGAAAUAAAUUUAAAAUUCAGACCAUGGAUAACAUUGAAGCAGCUAUCCCAAUGCUUAGUCCAUCUACAAAUAUAUCUUCUCAAGAAUUCCAAUCUUUGUUAACAUCCUGGUACGAAGAGAAAGGAAUUUUGUCCCAGCUAAGAGCUCAACUUAGGUUUAAAAUGAUAAAUGUGUUAAAAAACACCGCCAUAGGAAGAGAUAUUACUAAAAAAACAUCGCAGACGUCAAUAAGUUUAUCAAAACAAGCAAUUAAUUUAAUUGUCGCAGAAUUUCUAAUGAAAAACAAUUUUGACUAUUCUCUUUCGAUAUUUAACACAGAAGCUGGGCUCUCCAGCAUGUACAUUGAUAAUUUAGUAAAUGAAAGCGGUAAACAAUCGCUACAUUUUGAUAAAGAGAAUAUUGUUAAUAUAUUAGAACUAAUUGGGAUUAAUAAGACAACCUAUUUAUGUGAAGAUAUCCUUAAUAUAUAUUAUGAUAAUGAUGAAAAUAUUCCACUUCUUUCAUGUUUGAUUAACAUGUUGAGCAUUCCUAUAGAACCAAAUGAGGAACCACCUGAUUUAAAACCCAAAACUUACAUUGAUUUAAGGCAUGAAACAGAUUUUAUUAGAGAAGUAGGUACAGUUUUGUUGGAUUCCCACAUAUCUAUAGACAAAGUAAUAUGUGUAAUCGAAAUCAUUAAAAAUUUACACAAUAAAGAAAUAAAAAGAUUAGAAGACAAUUGUACCAAAACUGUAGAAAAAUUAAAAAACGUUCUUAGUACCAAAGACAAACAAAUUGAACAUAUGGAGAAAAAAAAGAGAAUGGCUGAAAUAAAAUUAUUAAAAAUAAUAGGAGAUUAUAAUUCACUGAAACAUCAUAUGAAAAAUGUGAUAAAAGACAGACUUUUAAAAGAACAGGAAAUAAAAAACUUAAAAAACAAAAGUAAAACGGAUGAUUCUAAACCUGAAAAAAAUUCGGAUAUCUGUUGUAAUCUUGAUCAUUGUGAUAAUACAUGUAAAGAAAACAAACAAAUGCUUAUUCAGUUACAAAGUGAUAAUCAAGAACUGUAUAAGAAAAACGCAGAACAAAAAGAAGAAAUCACCGAUUUGCAAAAAAAGUAUAAUGAAUUGCUGCAUGAUUUUCAUUUCUUACAAAAAAAAGUUAGUUUACUUAAUUUGAAAGUGAACGAAGAUAGGCCUGUAUCCCAUUUAAAUUUAAAUACCAAAGAAAUUGACAUUAAAUAUCCAAAUAAAGAACAUAGUUAUAAACAAAUGGAAAUUACAGAUAGUUCGGAUAGCAUAACAGAAGAAGUAAUUCGACAAGCCUGGUUAAGAUUAGAGCAGCUCGAAAAGGAAAGUAAAGAAAUUGAAGAACAAUAUAAAUUAUAAAAAAAAUAGUUAUAUUGGUUCAUUAAGCUUUUAAGUGCCUUUAUAAUAAAUGUUAGCUAUUACUAGUAUUUUUAUUUUAUAUUGUAAUAAUUAUUUACUAAUUUUAUAUAAAUGGAUCUCAAGGAGGCAGUUAGAUAGACAAUCAUCAAUAAUUGGAAAACGAGUCAAAAGUAAGGAAUAAAUUUGAAAUAUUCCAAAAAUAGAUGAAUUUUUGUUUAUAAAUUCCGCAUUUUUUGACAUAAUCGGAUAUAUAGGGUGAUACACUUUCCCAUCUGAACCAAAUGUUUUUUUAAAAAUUUCUUGAUGUAACAAACUUAUUAAUUUUACCAUGUUGAUAUUUGGAUG